GCCAUCACAAUUUUCAAAAUGCGCCCUCAAAGUUUCUACUGUACGACAAUUACUACUCUCCAGUGCUUCUUAGGUCCAGCUCACGAUUCGAAAUCUAGCUGAUAUGCAUUCGCCUACCAUGGAGGACGAAAAGCUUGAUCACGCAGAACUUGGAACUCCAACACCUGAAAGCCCCACCGUACAACCGGAAAAGACCCUUGAUGAAGCACAGCCACCGAGUCAAGAGAUUGUUAUACAAGAUCACACAACGGCCAGGACAGAGACAAAUGAAGAGGAGUGGGUUACCGGGCUCAAACUUGCUGUCAUUGUGGCCGCCAUCACCAUGGCGGCCUUUCUUAUGUUGUUGGAUGUAUCGAUUGUUGCCGCAGCAAUUCCGAGAAUCACGAGUGAUUUCCAUUCUCUAACGGAUAUUGGGUGGUAUGGGAGUGCGUAUCUGUUGGCAAGCUGCUCUCUACAGCCAAUGGCUGGCAAAAUCUAUAGCAAAUAUGACUCCAAGAUCUGCUUUAUGGUCUUCUUAGCCCUCUUCGAACUGGGUUCACUCCUUUGCGGAGUUGCCACCUCGUCGAAGAUGUUCAUCGUCGGAAGAGCUGUGGCUGGGAUGGGAGGAUCGGGCAUUGUCAACGGUGGUUUGACUAUGAUUGCCAAGUGCAUCCCGAUGGAGAAGCGAGGAGUGUAUAUAGGGAUCAUUAUAGGCACUGCACAGUUAGGAAUAAUGUUAGGGCCAUUGGUGGGAGGCGCGCUCACAGAGUUUGUGACCUGGAGGUGGUGUUUUUAUAUCAACCUUCCAGCUGGUGGCCUUGUCGCGAUUUUCCUUUGCUUGAUCCACAUACCCAGCCAUUCCACCAAGACAACCAGCAAAUCCACCUUCAGCUCCACUGCCAGAUCUCUCGAUUUAAUUGGUUUCGUGCUCUUUGCACCAGCUUCAAUCAUGUUCCUCCUCGCCUUGGAAUGGGGCGGCAACGUGUACAGAUGGAACAGCGCAACAAUCAUUGGGCUCUUCUGCGGUGCUUUCGGGACAAUCGCUGUAUUCUUUAUCUGGGAAUCUCGAGUAGGUGAUGAGGCUAUGAUUCCUUUGUCAAUGAUCGAGAAGCGAAUCAUCGCCUCGAGCUGCCUUGCCAUGCUUUUCGCUGCUUCUUGCAUGAUUACCACGAGUUACUACAUGGCACUUUAUUUCCAGGCCGACAAGGGAGUUUCACCAAUGCUGAGUGGCGUCUACCUCCUGCCUUCCAUCCUCACCCAGAUGUUCUUUGGCGUUGCUUCUGGAGGUUUAGUCGGUCGUGUGGGCUAUUACUUACCGUUCAUCAUUACCGGUACUAUACUCACGUCCAUUGGGACUGGCUUGAUAAGCACUCUCAUAUCAACCUCAAGUACCGGGAAGUGGGUAGGAUACCAGAUCAUAGCUGGCGUGGGCCGCGGAUUGGCAUUCCAAAUGCCAAUCCUCGCGAUACAAAACAACCUUGGGCCCAAAGAUAUUCCAGUAGGGAUGAGCCUCGUGAUGUUUAGUCAAAAUAUGGGUGCAGCAUUGUUCCUUUCAUUCGCACAAACAAUCUUGUCAACUACCUUAACCCACGAACUGCCCGUCCUCGCCCCAGGUGUGAACGUUCAAGCAGUCAUUGCUGCCGGUGCAUCUAAAUUUCGAGAUGUUGUUUCGAAGGCACUUCUCCCGGGUGUUCUGCUCGCGUAUGAUCGGGCGAUCGAUCGUGUGUUUUAUCUUGCGACUGGAUCCGCGGUCGCGGCGUUUGUUGUUUGUUUGGGGAUGGGUUGGAAGAGCGUUAAGAAGGCGAAAGUCGUCGAAGCAGAGGCAUGAAAGAUUGAAUGUACUGUACAGAAUGAGGCGGAACAUCUGACUUGAGGAGUAAGGAGUUUCUUAGAAGGGAAUGUUAGGGGUUGAUUUCCAAUAUUUGUAAUAACGCAAAAACUCCACUUAAACAACCAGAAGGUCAAUAGGAAGCAGGAAUGGCAAUGUAUAGAGUUUAGGUGAUGUGGUGUGAAAAGAAGUAGGGAAACCCCAGGAAAUAAAUGCAACUUCACUCAAAGCAUGCCGAGUGAUUCGAAUUCUCGAGCAGAUUUGUG